AUGACCCAUGACAUGACACCUGAUGAUAUACAGUUCUACACUGGGCUCUCACAUGAGGUUUUCAUCAACUUGGUGCGUGCUGUUUCAGUAGUUGACCACAAGAAAGGGAGGCAGCUUACCCUGGAGGACCAGGUACUGCUAACCUUGAUGAGGUUACGGCUGGGACUAUUGCUUGGGCACCUCUCUAGGAUAUUUAAGGUGUCUGUGACCUGUGUUAGUAUGACAAUCAUUCGUACAGUGAACAAACUGUGCAAGGUGAUGGAGCACAUUGUUAUGUGGCUGCCUGCUUCUUACAUACAAAAUAGCAUGCCUGAAAGCUUGAAGGAGAAUGGAUACAGUAGUACAACGUGUAUCAUAGACUGCACAGAAGUUCCUCUGCAGCGACCAAAGAAACUGAUGGCCCGAGCCCAAACGUACAGUGCAUACAAGGCAAACAACACCAUCAAGUUUCUGACUGCUAUUGCCCCAAAUGGGUUCAUAAUGUUUGUCUCGCAAGCAUAUGGUGGCAGGGCGGCCGACAAGUACAUUAUGAGGGACUCUGGAAUACAGGAGAAGCUUUCCAGAGGCGAUGAAGUUGAAGGUGUGAAGCUGAACGUACCUGCUUUCACAAAAAUUGUCGGUAAAGCACUACUCAACACCAUGUCUAGCAAGAAGCGAAAGCACUAG